GCCGGUAAAACGGAACAUGAAACGGAACGACUGCUUUCCCGCGGCAUCUGUUAAGCAAGUGCACAAAAAUCCCCAAAUUACUAAUAUUUUGAAUGUCGUUUUCUAAUAAUUGCUUAUAAGUAACACCAAAACAUAACUUUAGGUUUACAUGGACCUGUUUGAACUCUCUAAACACAACAAUUUAUGACGAUUUUAUAAAAAGUAAAAUGCACCCAAGCGCCUCUCUUCCACGGUCCCACCGCCCUGACAGCUGUUCCUUGGAUCGGGACCGGGAGUGCGUGUCGCUGCUGCCCCGAGUGUGUGAACUGCUGGCGGCCUCAGGGAGCUGUCUGCCCGAUGACACCAGCCUGGAGAAACUGCUGGACUGGUUCACUCAACUUUCCCAAGCUGGCACUUCUCUUCAUGAGUCCUUCCCAUGUCUGCUGGAGUUCAUACCAGCAGUCACUCACAACACAACGUCAGACCCUGCUAUCAUCUGUUUUAUGAUCAAGCUGACUGGUGUCAUGGCUGCCUCUGUGGAGGGCUUUCACAUACUACAGGAGAAGGCAACUCUGGAUGAGGUGUUCAGAGUACAGCGAUGGCAGGAGGAAGCGCUCUGGGAGGACCCCUCUGUCAGGAGCGGCUGGGUUCAUGGCCUGAAGAACAUGAUGCAGCACCCAAGGGCUCUGAGCUUUUUCAUACACUCAGACUUGAUGAGCCAUCUUUUACUCCUGCAAAUGGACUCAAGUUUAUUUGUGGCCUCUUCAGCCAGUCAGCUUCUAGCACACGUCCUGCUAUUCUACCAGCCUGAAUCUCCAAUAACAAACGGCAAAGACCACUCAUAUGAAGAGACACAUCCAUCAACCCUGUCAAUCAGUACACCAUAUAAUGCAGCUGUAAUGAGUGUAUGUGAAUAUCUAAAAGAAUCACUGCUUCGUAAAGAACAGAAACAGCUCCAGCAGAGUGUACAGCUCCUAAGGCUCAUCGCUCAGAUCUUGUCCCAGGCUGGUGCUCCUCUGUGGGGUAAGGUGUUCGAGGCAGUUGGUGGUCCCUUGGAAGAUCUGGUUUAUGCAGAGAACAGCCAACUCACAGUGCCACUGAUGGAGGUCCUUCUAGCUGCAAAUAGUACCUUCUCCUCUGGUGACCAACGUGCUAGUGGUCUCCUGUGUGCCAUGCUGGAGGUGGGACAGCCAACACAGCGCAUCCGGGCUGCAGCUGCUCUUCUGCACAAAGGCUUAUGUGAUCCAGUCCAUACUCCAAAAGCAGUGAAAAUAUUACUACUGCCACUUGAUAUCUUAACCGGGCAUUCUGCACUUUGCUCAGAUGCAGGAGGUGAAAUCAAAGAGGAACUUCGAAAUAAUAAAUCCUCUUUCACCUCACUGAUCUGCAUGUGUGUAGCAAACCUUCAUCAGAUUACAAUUCUACCUGGCAACUUUCUGCCCUGUCCACCUGCUGGGAUAGUCUCUACUGUAGUGUCCUUGCUGCACAUGUCCAUAGGGGGAACUGUGACCUCCCCUGAUUGUGCUGACGUGAUCAGAUACCUUUUUGGAAAUGGAAAAAUUCAUAAAUGUGCUCUGGAAGCUCUGACUGCUGUUAGCCAAUGCUCAGGUGCCCGGGACAAAUUGAAUGAGGUGUUCACAGUUCUCCUCCUGUAUUUAGAUCAUCCAGAUUGUGACCCCAUUGUGCUACACAAGUGUUACCAGGCAGUACUCAAGUGGACCAGUGUUUGUACAGACCUGUCCUGGAUGUCACAGCAGCUCACACAAGAUCUGCUACAGGUGGUGCAGAAGCGCGUGUGUGACCUGCGCUGGGAGGUCAGGGACUCUACGGUGGAGUUUUUGGGACAACAGGCUGCCUUAGCUCUCUCGUCUUCAGUUCCCUCUCAGAGCCUCCUACUGCUGGACGAGUAUAGUACUCUCUCCCUGCUCAGGGAGGCGCUGGAGGACCAGGAGAGCUAUGUGAGAGCCAGUGCUGUGUCUUCUCUGGCCCAGACUCUUCAGAGGGGGUGGAGCCAGGGGGCAGUAGAAUCAACAGAGCAG